GUCUCCACAGUCCUAGCAGGGCCGCCAUUUUUGCAAAGGGAAAAGAGACUGCUUUUGAGGGGGGAUCUAAUUUCUAAAAGUCGCUCUUUGGCCAGCGAAUAGUUUGUUUUUAACGCUUCCCCUCCCUCAGUUUCUGCGCCGAGCCGGGCCUUCCCCUCACCCUUGUGCAGCACCAGAGGCGGCGCGGGAUUUUAGGGGAGAAGACGACUAUCUCGAGGACGCGGUGACAAUCCGAACGUUUUCGAGUGGUUUUACUAGCGAUCCGCAGUGUGUGGACGCAAGUAUUGUUUUGGUUGUGGAGGCUGCGUGGACAGCGGCGAGGGUCUUGCCCUGAUCCCUUAUUCGUUCCCUGGACCCUCUCCCCUCCCCCCAAACGUGGAUAUUACACAGCCUUGUGGAUGCACUUAGAUGUCUGCAAUGACUGCUGUGGCUGGCAUGCCUCAGUGUUUUGGACUGCCAUUCUCUGGACUCAGUAGGACAAGAACUGAUCAGCAGAGAACGUCAUGAGCAUAGUCAUCCCCACGGGGGUGGACACAGCAGUAGACGCCUCGUACGUGGAUAUGGCGGCGGGCUCGGAACCAGAGUCAGUGGAGGCCAGCCCCGUGGUGGUAGAAAAGUCCAGCUACCCGCACCAGAUCUACAGUAGCAGCUCUCACCAUUCCCACAGCUACAUCGGCCUGCCUUAUGCUGACCAUAACUAUGGGGCGCGGCCCCCGCCCACGCCGCCGGCCUCGCCUCCCCCCUCUAUGUUGAUCCGGCAGGGCGAUGGCGGGUUGUUUGUUCCGGGCGGCCAGGACGAAGCAUCCACGGGCACCACGCUCAGCACCUCCGAGGAUGGCAGCUACGGGGCCGACAUCACCCGCUGCAUCUGCGGCUUCACGCACGACGACGGCUACAUGAUCUGCUGCGACAAAUGCAGCGCCUGGCAGCACAUUGACUGCAUGGGCAUCGACAGGCAGAACAUUCCUGAGACGUACCUGUGCGAGCGCUGCCAGCCGAGACACCUGGAUCGCGAGAGGGCCAUUCUCCUGCAGACGAGGAAACGGGAAUGUUUGUCAGUAGAUGGGGACACUAGCGCCACGGAGAGUGGGGAUGAGGUGCCUCUGGAGCUCUACUCAACCUUCCAGCACACGCCCACCACCAUCACCCUCACCACCGGGCGCCUCGGCAACAAGCAAGUGGAUAAGAAGCGCAAGAAGAGUGGCGAAAAGGAACCCCCGGCAUCUUCUGCACGAGCCAAGAAGGCCUUUCGAGAGGGCUCCAGAAAGUCCUCAAGAGUGAAGGGCGCCGCUCCCGAGCAGGAGCCGACGGAGCACCCGGCGCUGUGGGAGAACAAGAUCAAGACGUGGAUGGAGCGCUACGAGGAGGCCAGCAGCAAUCAGUACAGCGAGGACGUGCAGGUGCUGCUGCGCGUCAAGGAGCAAGGCGGCGGCAAGAGUCUGGCUUACAACACGCACCCGGCCUCCUUCAAGCCCCCGGUGGAGAGUCAAGUUCAAAAGAACAAGAAGAUCAUCAAGGCCGUGAGGGACUUGGCCCCGGAUUCCCUCAUCAUCGAGUACAGGGGCAAAUUUAUGCUUCGACAGCAGUUUGAAGCCAAUGGAUACUUCUUCAAAAGACCUUAUCCCUUCGUGUUAUUUUACUCGAAAUUCGACGGGCUGGAGAUGUGCGUGGACGCGCGUUGCUUUGGCAACGAGGCGCGUUUCGUCCGCCGCUCCUGCACCCCGAACGCCGAGGUGCGGCACGUCGUUGAAGACGGCAUGUUGCAUUUGUACAUCUAUUCGCUGAGGCCCAUCAGCAAAGGCACAGAGAUCACCAUCGGUUUCGAUUACGACUUCGGCAGCUGUAAAUACAAGGUGGACUGCGCCUGCGUGAAGGGCAACCCCGAGUGCCCCGUGCUCAAGCACAACCUGGAGCCCACCGAGAACCUGGGGGCCGGGGGCCGGCGGCGGAACAGCCGCAAGGACAAGGACCCUGGCCGGGAGGACCUGGGCCAGAACCAGAACAUGGGCGUGGACUGCGAGGGGAAGGGCAAGAACUUGGGCGACUGCAAGCAGAGGAAACUCUCUCCGCUCCGGCUCUCCAUAUCAAACAACCAAGAUCCUGACUUAUUUGAGGAUCUAGAAGACAAAACGUCCGUUAGCAAUGAAGUAGAGAUGGAGUCAGAGGAACAGAUUGCGGAGAGGAGGAAAAAGAUGACGCGAGAGGAGCGGAAGAUGGAGGCCAUCCUGCAGGCCUUCGCGCGCAUGGAAAAGCGGGAGAAGAGGCGGGAGCAGGCGCUGGAACGGAUCGGCAGCGUCAAGCCCGAGCUCGGGGGGCGCAGCGACAUCAAGGAGGAGCCGCCGGCCACUCCGGAGACGGUGGACUCCCCGUCGGUCGUACAGCCGCCUCUUCUUGAGGUGAAAGAGGAGCCGGGGUUGAAGCCAGCCAAGGUCAAAGGCUCGCGGACCAGGAAAAGCUUCUCCAGGAACCGCACGCACAUCGGCCAGCAGCGGCGGCGAGCCCGCACCAUCAGCGCCUGCUCCGACUUGGCCCCGGGCUCGCCGGUGGAGCCCGUGGAGCCUCCGAGCGCCGAACCCCUCGAGGGGGAGCCCCCUAGUGCGCCGGAGCCCGAGGCGGUUCCCGCCCAGCCGCCGGACGCGAGCCCCCCGCAGAGCAGCUCGCCGGCGCCCGACCGUAACCGCUCCGGGAGCAAGAAUUUUAAAACUAAAAAGCACUUUGUCAGCGAGUGGGUGGGCGAGAAGCAGCCGGAUCGCUUGGCGGCGCGCACCCCGGAGCCGACGCCCGAGCGUCCGCUGCGGAUAAGCAGCGACCCCGAAGUCCUCGCCACCCAGCUCAAUGCCCUGCCGGGGCUGGCGUGUUCGCCGCAGGUGUACAGCACGCCCAAACACUACGUCCGCUUCUCCUCGCCCUUCCUGGCCAACCGCAGCCCCACCACACCCGGCGUCCCCACCGGGAGGCGGCGCUCCAGAGAACUGCCCGAAACGCCGCCAACCACCGGUUCCUGCAAGAAGCGAUGGUUAAAGCAGGCGCUGGAAGAGGAGGGAUCCACCAGUCCAGCCAGACGACCCAGUCUCUUUGUGCCCAGUGAGGGUCCUCUGAGCCCCGGCAUUAACGGAGACUCAGACAGUCCCCUGCCCUACAACGGCUCCCUUUCGCUGCCAGAGUUACCCACGCCUUUGAAAAAGCGCCGCUUGAGUCCGCUGGAUGCCUGCAUGUCGGAGAGCUCCACGCCCUACGGCUCCCCUUGUGCCACACCCACCCGGGCCGACCAAUCGGAGGCGUCCGCGCCGCCCGUGCUGACGUCCACGCCGCUGAGGCCUCGGACCGAGGAGCCCGUAGUGGAGCAUUUCGCCAGCACCCCAACGCAAACGUUUGCAACUCAGGAGAGCGAAUCAUCAACGGAAAGCUCGCCAGACGUCAGCACGAAAGCGAGUUUGUUCGAGGUCAGCAACCAGGCAGAACGUCCUCCUUCGCUGAUCCCGUCUCCCUCCAUCCGGACGCCGGGCUCCGACGGUCUCCCGCCCGAAGCCAAGACGUCGGUGCCCGAGAGUCCGCAGCUGCCCCCGGUCGUAGACUGUGCAGAAGCGGCGGACGAGCGGGCGGAUGUCGGGGCGGCAGAGGGCAGCGGGGGCAGCGAGGCUUCCUCCUCUGCAGAAACGUGCACUUCCUCGUCUUUCCCCGGCUGGAUCAAGAGCCCGGAGAGGUGCCCGCCGGCACCCGGCCUCAGCUUCUCCCCCGUCAAUUCGAACCUUAGGGACCUCACCCCCUCCCACACCUUGGAGCCCCUGCAGGCUCCUUUCAGACCCGACGCCCCGGCAGGCCCCGCAGCCUUAACGGCGGCCUCCCAGCCGCCCUUCGGCGAGAGCCAGGGGCCCCUCUUCUACCCCUGCACGGAAGACGGGAGCGCAGCCGGCUACUCGCGGUCGCUCAAUGGCGACGAGGGAGGCGGGUCCGCGCAGAAUCCCCCGCAGAAAAAGAAGGUCUCCCUGCUGGAAUACAGGAAGCGGCAGCGCGAAGCUCGCCGCAGUGGCUCCAAGACGGACUGCGGCUCUCCCCUGUCCACCGUGCCCCCUUUGAGCAUGGAGCUUUUCCCCAUUGUCGCCAUGGAAACCAGCAGCGAGGCCUCCUUACCUUUGCCGCCGCCGCCUCCUCCACCUCCCCCUCCUUCUUCCGCAGCUCUUUGCAGCGCCAAGGAGGCGUCGACCGCGGAGGAGUCGGAGGGCGCGGGAGAGAGGGAGGGGGGAGAGGGGCAAUGGACGUCCUCCACGUCUGUCGAGCAGGCUCGCGAGCGCGGUUACCACAGAGCUUUGCUGCUCAGCAAAGACAAAGAUGCGGAUUGCGACGCCGAGGAUGGAGAGACACCAACGCCGAGGGACUGCGCGUCUCCCGGACCCCAGAAGACCCCCACUCACGCACCGGCCUCCCCCGGUCCAGUCGCUUCCGUGUUGCCGUCGAGCUGGAAAGAGGAAGAUGGUGACGGUCCUCCUCGAGCGGCGAACCAGACCCUGCAGCUGCCCGCCAAGUCCAAAUCCGCGCCCGUCACCCCGACCAAGCUGCACCCGCUGCCGCCCUCCUCCCCCGUGCACUACCCGGCGCACCUCCACGCGCAGCCUCAGGGCUCGCCCUACCGCAGCCAGAGGUCGCUCUUUCCCUCCCAGUCUCAAAACCAAAGCGCCGGACAGGCCCCGGCGCCUUCAUUCGUCCAGUACAACGUGCAGGGCGCCCCUCCGCCCCCGCCCCCGCCUCCUCCGCCGGCGCCGCCCGCCUCCACGUCCUACUUUCCCGCUCAGACCGCUCCCCCGACGGGCCCCUUCCCCGGUUUCAAAGCGACGGUGACACCUUCCUACCCGCCGGGCUCUCAGACCCUGAUGCAAACUCUUCCCCGCGGCGUGCACUACCAGAACUCAGAUGCCCCGCCUCCGCCCCCGCCCCCUCCGCCCCCGCACCCCAUAUCCGGCCCCGCCCUGCUGCACGUCAACCUGCAGCCCGCCCCCAUCCAGCAGAUCAUGCUGACCGCCGCCCCCACGCUGGCCCAGGGCCAGCCCUCGACGCAGCAGCAGCCGCCCCUGUCCCUCACCCCGCCCCCGCCGCCCCCUCCGCCGCCACCGAACCCGUCCGGCGGCACCCAAAUGCAGCCCCACCACUUUCAGAACUUGGCCGGGUUUCAGACCACGUUGCUGACCAACCCCUCGGUGCCCCCGUCCGCGUACCCCCCGUCCCUUCAGCAGACCGGACUGCCGCCGCCCCCGCCUCCGCCCCCGCAACAGACUCAGCAGGGCUCGGCAACAGUCGCCACAACCAAGCUGCCCGCCGGCGCCCGUGGAGCCCCCGCCUCCUCAACGCCCUUCCACACUUCGGGUUACCUGAGCACAGGGUGGCACUGAGGAGUUUUUGGGGGCGGGGUUAGGGUUGCAAAGGGGUGGAGCUUUCCAGUAAAUUUACAUGGGGAAAGUUUCCAAAUUGGACAUUUUCCAGGAGUGUUAAUCGGAAUUAAUUGAGGGUAUCCAUCCAUCCAUCCAUUAUCUGCCGCUUCUCCGGGUCGGGUCACGGGGGAAGGAAGUCGCUUCAGCAGGGAUCCCCAGACCUCCCUUUCCCCAGCCACUUCUUCCAGCUCUUCGGGAGGGAUCCCGAGGCAUUCCCGAGCCAGCGUGUCCUGGGUCGUCCUCGGGGUCUCUCUCGGAGGCAUCCGAAUCAGAUGCCCCAGCCACCUUAUCUGGCAGAGGAGUAGCGGCUCAACACUGGGCCCCUCCCCGGAUGUUCGAGCUUCUCACCCGUGCUCUCAGGGAGGAAACUCAUUUCGGCCGCCCGCAUCCGGGAUCUUGUUCUUUCGGUCACGACCCGCGGAGGAACGUAGAUCGACUGGUAAAUUGAGAGCUUGGCCUUUUCGACUUAGCUCCCUCUUUAACCACAACGGACCGAUCACUGCAGACGCUGCACCGAUCCGUCUCUCGAUCUCCCGCUCCGUUCUUCCCUCACUCGUGAACAAGACCCCAAGAUUCUUGAACUCGCAUCUGAGGUUGAGGCUAAUUUAAUUUUAUACUGUACUGUUGGGCACAGCGGCGCAGCUGUAAAGCGUUGCCUUCACAGUUCUGAGGUCCCGGGUUCGAUCCCGGACCCGCCUGUGUGGACUUUGCACGUUCUCCCCGUGCCUGCGCGGCUUUUCUCCGGGUGGGCACUCCGGUUUCCUCCCACAUCCCAAAAACAUGCAAAAUUAAUCAGACACUCUAAAUUGCCCCUCGGUGUGACUGUGGGUGCGGCUCUUUGUCUCUACGUGCCCUGCGAUUGGCUGGCGACCGGUUCAGGGUGCACCCCGCCUCCUGGCCAGUGACAGCUGGGACAGGCUCCAGCAGUCCCGCGACCCUUGUGAGGAUAAGCGGCUCAGAAAAUGAUUGGAUGGACCGUUAGCUGAACUUCAGUUGGCCAAAUUGCCGAUUGAUCCUCACGACUUCCCGCUCGGAAAGCUGCCCUCAAUUUGCAACCCUAGACAAGGUUCGCCGUGUAGAUACGUUUUCUAUGGCCAGUGGAAAAACAGCUGAUUGUUGGAUAAAAGGGUAUUUAAGUAAGGAAAAAAAGAAAACAAAAAAAAAAGGAAUAACAAACUGUAAAAGAUGGAAAACCCCUCGUGGUGCUCUUAGCGCUCUUCUCGUUUUCUACUUCCGUCGUACGACGGGUGGGGUUGGGGUGGGGGGGGCUUUCCCUGUUAUGCGUCUCGUCCGGGCUCCCUUCGUGUUGUCCCACCCGCACUUUUGUUUCACAGUGGACAUUCCAGCCUCGACCUCGCCUCCUCCUCCUCUUCUCCUUCGUCUGUUGUCUUUAUUUUUCUUUUAAUAAUCAAGCGGCGCAUUUCUCACUUUUUUUUUGUAUAGGAAAAAAAACAUAUUUUUGGGGGGGGGAAUUCCUCCGUCUAACAUCAGAAAUCAGUGGAGCGCCGCAGAAAACAAUUUGCGAGAGACGGCGGCCUCGCCACCUCGGGGGGGGGGGGGGGGUGCAGUCCCGUUUGUGCGUCGGGCGGUCUUCCGAGGUGGGCCGAGCGCCCCUCCCGCGGGUCUAUUUUUUUGAAAAUGGAGCGUUACUUGUAGAAAGUGUAAUUAAAUGUAUAAUAGAUGCCAGCUUUCACCAGGAACACGUUUGUAAAUAUCUUUUUUUUUUUUGUUUUGUUUUUCUACGCCUGUACAAUUCGCCGCCGCUGCCCCCCCCAUCCCCGCCAUUUUUCAAACAUAUUUGUACAUACGAACGCUCUUCUCGGCAAAGCUGAAUGUUUCCGUGUGUAGCAAUUUUUUUUUUUAUUUUCACCCUCUCUGGACUCUUCAACUUUGUCCUGUUUUUUAUUAUUAUUAUUAUAAUUAUUAUUAUUAUUAUUAUUUGUGUGUGAGUGUGUUUGUGCCGAGGGGAGGAGCUCACAGACACUGCACUGGUUGGCUAUUUUCAUGGUUCAUUAUAAUAAAUCACUGUUAUGACAGUUUCAUAAA